AUGGCGCUGCACGCGCGGAGCUUCAACAAGAUCCUCACGGCCACGGUGAACGUGGCGCUGCAGGAGCCGCUGGCGAAGAUCAUCCCAAUCUCCCAGAGAGGCUUCGUGCGGGGGCGGAACUUUGGGUACAACAUCUUGGAGGUGGUCCUGGAAUCGCGGUGGCACAGCGCUCAACCUGACGCGGUGCAGAAAUCGCCGAUCACGGUGAGCUUCGACUUCGCGCAGGCGUUCCCAUCGCUGAACCAGCUCUUCUUGGUUAUGGUUUUGCGCAGGUUCGGCUUCCCCGAGGCCGUGAUCGAGUUCGUUAUUGAGCUGUAUGCGGCGGUGCUUGCGGUGGCGGCCAUUGCUGGCGUUGUGAUCCCUCUCUUCUGGCAGCGCUCUAGGAUCAUCCAGGGCGACGGCCUUUCGGGGUCGCUCUUCGCCGUCGCCAUGUCGCCCUUUCUCUUUGACGCCGAGGCUGACGUGGAGAAGAAGCGACAUGGGAUUGUGCGAGCCUGCGCGGACGACGUGGCGGCUGUGCUGGUCGCCUUCGUGCACAUCUUGCGCAUGCUCCGCAUAAUGAGAUGCGCGGACAGGCUUGCGAAUCUGGUCUUGAAGCCGAGCAAGUGCCACGUGGUUCCCACGGAGGCGGCCUUUAGCGAGCCCCUGCAGUCCAAGAUCCAGGCGAUGCUGGCCCAGCGCGUACCGCAGUGGGCGGACUUCAAGGUCGCGCCCUGCCUCCUCUUCCUGGGCCUGUGGGUUGGCCCCGCAGUGACGCUGGAGAUCGCCUGGCGCGCCCCCUGGCGCAGGUACAGGCAACGCGCUCGCGCUGUUGGGGACGGUGUCACCUCCGUCACGAUGUCGGCCUGGUACUACGCAACGAGGGUCCUCCCCGUGUUGGGGUAUGUCGGACAGUACUUGCCGCUCCCGUGGAACCUCCGGCGCGAGGAGCCCACGGCCUUGGCCGAGGUCUUCAAGAUGCCGAUCGGUGCCCUCACGGUGAAGGACUGGGUCCAGGUCGCAACAGUGUCGGCCCUCAUCCGGGCCGCCGGCGUUGCGCUCUCGAAGUUCCGAGCGCUUCUCUCUCGACACCGGCGCCGAGUGGAAGGCGCCAUUGACUUCGUGCCGUUGCCGAUGGCCUCCUCGCGGGCGCUGGCUCCCAUCUGGUGGAAGCUGCCCUCGUAUGCGGAGUUCAUGGCCGACGCGCUGGGGAUCGCUGCGUUGCCCGAGGGAGCCAGCCACCCGCAGGCUCUUCUGACGGCUGGGCGCCAGGCUUUGUUGGAGGAGUUGGAGGAGGCCAGGCUGCGGGGGAGGAGGCGCAUGGUGCAGCAGCGCGUGCACGCGGCGGUGGAGUCGGCCUGGCUUGAAGGGCAAGACCUGUCGCAGACAUUCGAGCGGCGGCUCUUGAAGUGGUGGCCAGAGUUGGCCGAGAAGAUACACGCCAUCCCGUGGGGCCAGCUCGGGGACUUGGUCUCGACGGCGUCGCCGGCCUGGGCCUUCCAGGUCAUCCGCUCGUUCUCCAGCGGCUGGCUCACGUCCCACAGGAUCCUCGAUGCCCGCGGGCGCCGUUCCUGCAUCCUCGGCUGCGACGCGCCCGAUUGCGUCAGCCACUACGUGAACUGCGACCGCCUCUCUUGGGCUGUCUCGCUGGCCUUGGGCAGGGUGCUGCCUGGCGGCCGCUUCAUCGAAGGGGGGCCUCUCUUAUGGCUCGGCCUGGGAACCGCGGCCGAGCAGCCGCUGGACGCCGAGCGGUUCGAGCACGUGGUCAUUGCGUCCUACUUCUACCACUCGUCGCGGCAGGAGCUGUUCGUGCCGCCCGACGAUGCGUUGGCGCUUGCGCGGGCUGCGCUCCGUGCCGCCCGGUUGAGUGCUGCUCCGGCGCAGCGCGCGAGGCAGGCUGCUCGCGGGAGCGCGAGGGCCGCGGCGGCUAGCGGCCGCUAG